AUGGCGCAAAAUCUUCUUGCAGAAAAGCCCUCGACUGCCGGAGGUCGCAAUGCUCUCGCAGCUGCUUAUCAUAGUCUCCGCGUUAUAGACGAGCAGCUUCAAGAGACGAACCGCGAAAUCUGCCGUUUGAUGGCUGUGAAGGUUGCGCACUUUGGCGCUCAGCCUGAAGUAUCGAAACAAUUCCGAAAGUACCAGCUUGAAAGUUUCGAGGACUCCUCCCACAUGCUCGACUCAGAGUGGUGGGCUUGGGCCACGCGCAAUGGUCUUCUCGAGUCCGAGGGUAACCUAGACCGCGAACUAGAGAAGACGAAAGCCUCGAAGAUCAAAUUUGAGGGUAUAUGGAGUGAUCUCCGAUCUUGCAUCGAUGAGUUAUCACGCCCCUCGCAGCUGCUCGUCCGUCUCGUCCGCGUCAGUUUCGACGAACUGUCACUUACGCGCCUGGAGGAGAUUUCUCAUCAUCCCGCUAUUGCAAAGGGUGUUCGUGUAGUUCAAAUCGCCCUUCAUUUCUACAACAUCGCCCUUAACGACUUCGAUCGGUUUAUUUCGUACUUAAUCGACAUGUUAGAAAACCAAGUCAACCUCUUCGACGCGUUGAAGGAUUUUAACAUCCCCGAACAGAGUGCAUUGGAGAUGAUUGCGGACACAAGGGCAGUUAUCCUAGAACUUCACCAGCUUGCAUCAACCCAGCCCGAACUUGGUGAACACUUUCAGGAGGAACAAGGGCUUCGAGCACGUCUAGAGGAGAUCUGUUCAGAGCAUCUGACUCUCUUUGAGAAGCAGCAGUCCCUAAUAUGGAGCGGGCGGUUCUCGCAAGCUGUUGGCUCGGCAAUUGCAAGGAUGCCAGGCGCGCGAAGGCUGGACUUUAACGAUACAGAGUUUGCGGUGUCAACAGGCAAUCGCCAACUGAUGAUACCUAAGGGCAAUACUUGGAGGGCACUCCGUCGUUUCAUACUCCAGUCCCUGACCGGCUACCGUGCAAAGGCUCACAGCCUCGAUCUACCAAACUACCAAUGCAUUGCCAAAAUAGUCGAUGCUGUCCGAUGCGCCGGCGUAUCGCUCAAGACCAUCAAAAUUGAACUUUCGGAUCUGGGAUGCCCUGGCAGCCUGAUGCCAUCCCCGGAUAUCCGGCGAGAGUUUUCGUCUGGGUUGCAGCAGCUAGCAGAAUUUAAAUUCGAGUGCGACUCUCCCGACGAGCAAGAUGCUGAAGGUCUUAAUGACGCCCUGUCUGUCUACGUGGAUACCCCUAGCCUCCAAAAGCUCAGCUUGGAUAUGAGAAGCUAUGAUGCUGGGGAGCCAGGAAGGAUAGAUAUAGGGCAAAUCAUGGGGUCAAGGUCGCGAGAUAGGCUGACGGACAUUUCCUUUGCUUAUGCUGCGAUGGAUUUCUCGAGGAUGGUACAGUUCCUCAACCGGCUACCGCAAUCGACAACAUGCAUCUCCUUAAUAGAUGUCCGUUUACUCAGUGGCACCUGGAAAGAGGCUCUGGAUGCACUUCGGAAAAAGAACAUUCGCAUUGUCCACUUAAGCGAGCCGAAGGGUGCUGAGUGUGACAACAUGUCACCCGAAGACUACAAAAGGAUAUUCGACGAUAAGUGCGCAUACCGCACCCUGGCUGAGCUUUACAUCACGAACCGGAUCUCGCAGCAGCGUAACCCCCUAGAGACACCUUGA